AUGGGAAACACACAUUCACAUCAUCACCGACAUGAGUCGAGAGGAGAUUCAAAUUCUCAAUGUCCAUACAAACGAACCUCAAGAACAAACUCUGAACGUUCAAACAAUUCAACAUCCACCUCAUCCACCUCAUCUCCAUCAGUAUCACGCUCACAAUCUGCUCGAUCUCCUUCAUCGCCGCGAAAGUUCUUGGGUCGUCAUUCACUCUCAUUAAAUGAUUCACAUAAAAUACGAGAACAGACCAUGCAAGAGCCGGAAAAAAGACCUCCGAUUAGGAUUGGAUAUCCGUACUAUGAGGAGGUUACCAUGUUAGCUGAGAAGAAAGAGAAGAAGCAUAAGAGACAUAGUUUGAGAGGUAGAUGA